AUGGCAGACGACGAUUUGGCUCAGAUCAGAGCGGCACGGCUUGCACAGCUCAAGCAGCAACAAGCCAAUAGGCCAGGAAAACAGGAGUCCGAGGCUCGGUCUUCCAUGCUUUCACAAAUCCUCGAACCUGAAGCCGCGGACCGUUUGGGCAGAAUACGAAUGGUCAAAGAAUCACGAGCAACCGACGUCGAGAACAGACUGAUCAUGCUGGCAAGAUCAGGCCAGCUCCGGCAAAAAGUCACAGAAGAUCAACUCAAGGAAAUGUUGGCCAGCUUGUCAGAACACGAGAAACAAACAGGACAGACGAUGGAGAGCGUCAAAGUCGUGCGCAGAGGCGGUUGGGACGAUGAUGACCUUGAUGACUUGCUGAAAGAGUCCUGA